AUAUAUCAAAAACAAUAUAGAACUGACACAUCUUUCACAUUUAUACCACAUUGUGAACAAAGAAGCUAUUACAGAUGUUCUCAGCUCACAUGCAGCGUGAAGAAACAAGUCCAGCGUCUUUCAAGCGAUGCAGCCGUCGUUGUAACCACAUACGAAGGAGUUCACAACCAUCCAUGUGAGAUCCUAAUGGAGACACUCAGCCCUCUUCUCAAUCAGAUGCAGUUUCUCUCUCAGUUCUAGCCUUACUCGCUUUUCUUCAUUAAUUUCGGAUUUGUUCAGCUAGAUAUAAAAUGGGCAUAUAUGCAAAUUAUAAAUUGCCCUUGUAUCCUUAUUUGUGUCCUUCUUGGAAAUAUACAC